ACAUGGAUUAUAAGGGAAACAAAUGCCUGAAGCUGUUGUCGUACUUGCUGUUAUAAGUUAUAACUUUUUUCAACGGCCAUUUAAACCAGCACAUUAGUCAUGUAAGAAAAUGAUACGGAAUUGCUAAUUGUGCCAUCAAUUCAUGCAAAAAAAUGAAGAAGAAGGGAAAACCGAAGAGCGAAAUAUGUGGCAGCAAGAAGCAAGACAGGUCUCUACAAGGAAUGAGCAACUGAAAAAACCCUUUCCACCAUCUUAGUCCCCUCACCAUUUCCCCGUUUUUAAAGACUUAGUAUUGGUCAAAACUCAAGCUGAAGUUUCGCACUCUAGCUAUUCAUAUUCUGUGUGAAUUUAACCUGAAGGCAAAAAAGGUUGCCCCGUUUUAUCCUACAAUCCUUUCUUCACUCAAACUCUGAUUAAUUGAGUCCGGACAAACUAGUUCUUCUCCAAUCAGCAUUGGAACAAAAUAAGGAAUUACCAGAUCGUUAAGGGAGAAAAAAAGGGGAGCGAGUUACACUUUUUGCCUUUUAUUUCACAGGGAUAACUUGGUGGUCACUAAGAAGUCCAUUUAAAAAGGAAUUAACGUUUUAAAUUUUCAGUUGAGUUGGAGAGCUUGCUUGGUUACUUCUUAGAAACUCGUGUUUACAUAUUUGUGGUUCAAAGUGUUUGUGGCGUUGGGAUAUUUUCAGCAAUAAUAUUUAAAAAAUUGGACAAAUCAAGAUGGUUAUUCAAGAAGACAUAGCUCCAGAAAUCAUUGAAGUUUUCAAUGCUUCCAAAUAUCCAAUGAGAUGCUUUGAUCUCUGGGAUCGAACAAAGAAAUGGCUGGCUGAAAAUCCGUCAUCUGUUAAUCCAGAUGAUGCUUUAAUGUUCUUUGCCCAUUCUACACCACUCAUUGCCUUCCUCGAAUCCCACGAUUGGGAUACAACUAAAGCUUUCAAUGGUAUAAAGUCUAUAGCAAAGAAACGCCAUUCUGACCCCACAACAGAUGUUGUCUUGUUGGAUUUCCCAAAAGAUUAUCAUGAACUUGGCGCUCUUCUACCAAACCUUGUGGAUAAAAAUGGCCGACCAGUGUUAUGGGUUCGCUCAAUCGAUCCACCUGAACUUCUUUACCCAAAAGUCAUGCGUAUGUUUGCUUGGGUAACAGAUCGUUUCUGUGAACGUGUCUCCGCAUCACCUUUGAAACCAGGUCUUGUCUUUGAUUGUCAAGUAAUGACGACCAACUUCAGAUUGAUUAAAGAUUCAAUUACAAUUGUAUUGCAACGUUGCCCUCCUUGGGUGGAAUACAUCGCAAUUGUUGGUUUAAGUUCCUAUUUCAGAUUUUUUGGUCGAAUCUGUCGAAAUUUUCUUCCUCGUUACUUGAAAGACUCGCUAAUUUUCAUUGACAUUGACGACUUGGACAAUUAUUUCGAUAUGAAACAAUUACCGCAUUACUUGGGAGGUGAAACUAGAUUGAUAACUGACAAAGAGUUGGAACAAUGUCCAAGUUUACAGGAAUAUGCUGAAAAAUGUGGCCUAGAGCCUACGCUGUUUGACAAAUGGAGGGAAAACGCUCACUCGAAAUACAUGAAACAUGCAAAACCUAGUGCUAAAAUUAAGCCAAUUGAAAUGUUUACCUAAUCAUCGUCUUCAUCAUCUCAUCAUAUGCUAAAAUUACAAACAUAUUGCAAUGUCACUUCACAUCAUCUCAAUUAUCAUGUAAUGAUUUUCCCAAGAUAAAUAAUAAACUAAUAAAUUUAAUAAACUGA